CGUCCACCAUUACCAAUGUGCAGCAGAAAAUAAAGAGAAAGGAAGCGAAUUGAACUUCCAUGAAAAACACAUUGGAAAAUACCAAAAACCCUUUAAUAUAAAUAUUGAAGAAGAGAGAAGUUAGUCUCUAUUUUUUUUUUUGUUGAUUUUUCGUUCUUGAAUUUGUUCUUUCUUUCUGGCGGUGUAAAUUUGGGUUGUCCAAUUAAUAAGCAAAUUGGCUGUGGGAGAAAGAAACUGAAGAAGAAGAAGAAGUAAAAGCAGAAGAGACAAAGGAGCUGAUAGCUUAAUCUGACAGUAGUAGGGAUUGUUUGGUUGAGCAAACAUGUCUCAGACCAACUGGGAAGCUGAUAAAAUGCUAGAUGUUUAUAUUCAUGAUUAUUUGGUGAAGAGGGAUUUAAAGGCCUCUGCUCAGGCUUUUCAAGCUGAAGGGAAAGUUUCAUCCGACCCUGUUGCUAUUGAUGCUCCUGGCGGUUUUCUUUUUGAAUGGUGGUCGGUAUUUUGGGAUAUAUUCAUUGCGCGGACCAAUGACAAGCACUCUGAUGUUGCUGCAUCCUACAUUGAGACUCAGUUGAUGAAAGUAAGGGAGCAGCAGCAGCAACAACAACAGCAACAACAGCAGUCCCAACAACCGCAGCAUCCUCAGCAGCAGCAACAACAACAGCAACAGCAACAGCAGCAGCAACAGCAGCAAUUACAGAUGCAGCAGCUCCUGUUGCAGAGGCAAGCUCAACAACAACAGCAGCAGCAGCAACAGCACCACCAGCAACAACAUACACAACAACGGAGAGAUGGCAGCAACCUAUUGAAUGGCACAGCCAAUGGGGUUGUAGGAAAUGAUUCUCUUAUUAGGCAGAAUCCUGGUGCAAAUGCAUUGUCUGCAAAAGCGUACGAGGAAAGAUUAAAACUACCUGUUCAAAGAGAUUCUUCAGAUGAUGCUACUAUGAAGUUACAGCAAAGGUUUGGUGAGAAUGCAAGCCAGCUGCUGGAUUCAAACCAUGCAUCCAUUCUAAAAUCUGCAGCCACAACGGCUGGCCAGCCUUCAGGACAACUGCUGCAGGGUGCAGCUGGUGGCAUGUCCCCCCAAGUUCAGGCUCGAAACCAGCAACUUCCAGGCUCUACACCAGACAUAAAGACAGAAAUGAAUCCUAUCCUGAACCCCCGAGCGGCUGCACCUGAAGGAUCACUGAUUGGAAUAUCUGGUUCUAAUCAAGGGAGCAACAAUUUGACACUGAAGGGAUGGCCCUUGACACUCCGCUCUGGGAUUCUCCAGCAACAAAAGUCAUUCAUGCAGGGCCCUCAGCAAUUUCACCAUCAAUUACAAAUGCUAUCACCUCAGCAACAACAGCUAAUGCUAGGACAACAAAAUUUGACUUCACCUCCUGCCAAUGAUAUUGAAGCCAGAAGGCUUAGAAUGCUUCUCAAUAACCGAAAUAUGACUUUGGGGAAAGACGGCCUCUCAAAUCCAGUUGGUGAUGUUGUUCAAACUAUGGAAUCACCUUUGCGGGCUGGUUGUUCUGUGAUGCCCCAAAGUGAUACAGACAUGAUAAUGAAGUUAAAGUUGGCACAAUUACAACAACAGCAGCAGCAUACCAAUCCACAACAGCAACUGCAGCUUCAACAACAAACACUUUCUGGUCAGCAACCUCAAAGUUCAAGUAACAGUCUUCAGCAAGAUAAAAUUAUGGGAACUGACAGUGUCACUGGGGACGCGAUGAUUUCAAAUUCCUUUCGUGGAAAUGAGGGUCCAAAAAGCCAGAACGGGAGAAAGCGAAAGCAGCCUGUGUCAUCUUCAGGACCUGCCAAUAGCUCAGGAACUGCAAACACAGCUGGACCGUCCCCUAGUUCAGCUCCCUCAACACCAUCUACCCAAACACCUGGAGAUGUGAUGUCUAUACCGGCUUUGCAACAAAGUGGAAAUUCUUCAAAACCAUUGGUGAUGUUUGGAACAGAUAAUAAUGGCACUCUUACCUCCUCGUCAAAUCAAUUGUGGAAUGAUAAAGAUCUUGUGCAGGCUGAUAUGGAUCGAUUUGUGGAUGAUGGUUCUCUUGAUGAUAAUGUUGAGUCUUUCUUAUCUCAAGAAGAUGUGGAACCUAGAGAUACAGUUGGUCGUGGUAUGGAUGUUGGUAAAGGGUUUGCAUUUACGGAAGUGAGCUCUGCUAGAGCAAGUGCCAGUAAAGUUAUCUGCUGCCACUUUUCAUCAGAUGGGAAACUGCUUGCCAGUGGUGGCCAUGACAAAAAGGCUGUAUUGUGGUUCACAGAUACUUUAAAGCCAAAAACAACACUUGAAGAGCAUUCGUCACUUAUAACUGAUGUUCGUUUCAGCCCAAGCAUGGCCCACCUUGCGACAUCGUCUUUUGACAAGACUGUAAGGGUUUGGGAUGCUGACAAUCCUGGCUACUCGCUCCGUAAUUUUAAUGGGCAUUCUGCUAGCGUAAUGUCGGUAGAUUUCCAUCCCAAUAAAGAAGAUCUUAUAUGCUCCUGUGAUGGGGAUGGCGAGAUCAGAUACUGGAGUAUAAAAAAUGGUAGCUGCACAAGAGUGUUCAAGGGUGGCACGGCCCAGGUGAGAUUUCAACCUCGUCUUGGUAGGUACCUUGCUGCCGCUGCAGAGAAUGUUGUAUCAAUAUUAGAUGUGGAUACCCAAUCAUGUAGGCAUUCGUUAAAGGGUCAUACGAAACCUAUUCACUCCGUCUGUUGGGACCCUUCGGGAGAGCUUCUGGCAUCUGUUAGCGAGGACUCUGUCAGGGUCUGGACACUAGGAUCUGGAAGUGAAGGGAAAUGUGUACAUCAACUUAGUUCAAACGGCAACAAAUUUCACUCUUGUGUUUUCCAUCCUACAUACUCGUCAUUGCUAGUUAUCGGGUGUUAUCAGGCUCUGGAGCUGUGGAACAUGACCGAGAACAAGACGAUGACCAUUCCCGCACAUGAGGGAUUAAUCGCGUCUCUGGCUGUAUCUACGGCCGCAGGACUCGUCGCUUCGGCUAGUCACGAUAAACUCAUCAAGCUUUGGAAGUAAACAACAUUUGCUCCAGUGAUGCAUACCCCUUUUAUGUUCAGAAAUACAUCUUUUUCUAGCCCUUUUGUGGGAGGAUGAACUGAGGAGUUAGGACUAACCCAGUCCCCUAGUAGGUGUUGCUGUCGUUUAUACUCUUCUGUUAACAGCAAAAUGUUCUUAUAAAUUUAAGGUUCUCUUGGAUAUUGAAACAUUACUUGGCCUUUGUAUCAUUGUCUUUAUCAAAAUUUUUUUUUCUAUUAAAA